UCUUGUAUUUGUAUGCAUACUAAGGCGUAUACUUACUUAUUUAAACUACUGAUGACUUAUACGAACUGAAGACAAAAAUAUCCUUCCGGCUGUAACUGGUCAAAACCAGCCCAGUGACACAGGGACACGACCAGCAGCGGGCAUUAGGCUCAGAGACGAAUGAAAUGUUUGCUAGGUUGUGUACAGCGGUGCCUCCACCUACCGGUGAUCAUGAGAUUUUUUUUAAGGUGCUAACAAAACCCGAAUACUGAAAUGUUCGGAAUGUUUCUCGUUUUAAACAGGCAACCUGACAUAUGUGAUCUAUAGACUAGAUUAUUGAAUCGAAUAGUGGCUUACAUAAGGAGGAAUCAUGUUAAUCCGAAAGCAGAAAAAGAGUUUACACACCAACGUUAUACACAAAUCUCCGGAAACGUCUUGGCGCUGGCAAACAACAUAUACCACAAGCCCCUGCCUGUCCACGUGACACAGCGUGGUCGUCGCGCUAGAGUCCUCGUUGCCAUGGAGAGGAUGGUACACGCCUUAUCUGGACAGACGACUUAAUUUAACGUUAUCUUACACACAACUUCACUAUCUUCAGUCCCAGACAACGGAAAAGGGCGAGCAGUCAUAGGAAAUGGCCUGAGAAAUAUAGUUUGCACAGUUGUAUAUGUGUGAGCUGUAUUCUUUUCCAUCUGGGAGAGAGAGGGAGCUGCAUGAACAAGGAUGAACCGUUAUACCACACUGAAGCAGCUGGGGGAUGGCACCUACGGCAGUGUGCUUAUGGGCAGAAGCAAUGAGUCUGGGGAGUUGGUCGCCAUCAAGAGAAUGAAGAGGAAGUUCUUCUCCUGGGAGGAGUGUAUGAACUUGAGAGAAGUGAAGUCACUAAAGAAACUGAAUCAUGCCAACGUGGUGAAACUAAAGGAAGUAAUCAGAGAAAAUGACCAAUUGUACUUCAUUUUUGAGUACAUGAAAGAGAAUCUCUACCAGCUGAUGAAAGACAGAGAAAACAAGAUGUUCACUGAAAAUGAAAUAAGGAACAUCAUGGUUCAAGUGCUCUCUGGUUUGGCAUUUGUGCACAAGCAUGGAUUUUUCCAUCGGGAUAUAAAGCCAGAAAAUCUGCUGUGUAUGGGUCCUGAACUGGUGAAAAUAGCAGACUUUGGUCUGGCCAGAGAGAUCCGUUCUCGGCCUCCCUAUACAGACUAUGUCUCCACACGAUGGUAUCGAGCUCCAGAGGUGCUUCUGAGGUCAUCUGUGUACAGCUCUCCUAUAGACAUGUGGGCAGUGGGCUGCAUUAUGGCAGAGCUCUAUACAUUACGACCUCUUUUCCCUGGCAACAGUGAGGUCGAUGAGCUCUUCAAGAUCUGCCAGGUUCUUGGCACAGUGAAGAAGACAGACUGGUUGGAGGGUCAUCAACUGGCUGCAGCAAUGAACUUCCGCUUUCCUCAGUGUGUUCCCACACCUCUAAAAACCCUCAUCCCCAAUGCCAGCAAUGAGGCUCUGACACUAAUGAAGGAUUUGCUGUAUUGGAACCCGAAAAAGAGGCCAACUGCUGUGCAGGCACUCAGGUACCCCUACUUUCAAGUGGGCCAGGUGCUGGGACCGCAGCCUCAAACCCCUGACCUUUGUAAGUCGCAGGUGAAAACAGCUCAUCCCAACAAGACCAAAUCUGAGCUGCAGUCAGUCUCUGAGCCAGCCCUAUGCUCUAAGUCCAAGGUUCAGGGCAGGAAUUCCCAUCAGCCCCUGCAGCCAAUCUCCCUGCCUCAGGCCCCCAUUCAGGCAGACCAUCAAGCUGAGCCUCUACCACUCAAUACACAAAAGAGGCCUGUGGGAAAUGAGAACAGCCUGAUGGGGCUGAAAAGUGGGCGGAGACGCUGGGGACAGACCAAACGCUCUGAUAGCUGGGACGAGUCAGAUCCCUCAGACACAGCUGCAUCCAACUCCAAAAAACCCAGCAUGAGAGCGGAAGAGAACAAACCCACCAAUGAGUUCACUUUUGAGCCAAAAGACCAAAAGCUUAUUUACACUAAUAGCAACGUUACGAAGCUACCGAGUAGCAUAAAAUCAAGCUCCAGUCUGCAAAGCACCUGCUCAGCAAGACAGCAUUACCUGCGGCAAUCAAGAUACCUGCCUGGUUUGAUAAGUAAAAGCUCCCCGUCAACUGUGGAAACAGAGCCCCAGAGGGAACUGUGGGACAAGUGGUCAACACAUCCAAAGAAACCACUUGCUCCCACUGAUGGAACCGCAGUUACUCGAGUCACCCCAGGAAACUUUAUUAGCACCACAUACAACCUCUCUGGAGGUUAUAUUCCAUCUUUCCAGAAGAAGGAGGUUGGAUCAGUUGGCCAGAGGAUACAGCUUGCACAAAUUGGAAACCAGCAAGCACAUGCUGAUGGGUGGAAAAAAAGCUCUCAAGUCAAAGAGACAAGUUACUCAGCCCUGGGGAAAAAUUCUGGCAACAUUCUCCCUCAUGCAGCUCCUGUCCAACCUGUCCAUGGUCGAGUGGACUGGGCAGCAAAGUACGGAAACCAUCGGUAGCACAUCAAAUUUUUACAGCCUCAGUUUGUACUAAUCUUCUCUAGCAGAGAAGUUUUAUAAUGUCUCAAACCCCACUGUGCAGACUGUUUUGUAGAAAAUGUUAUCAUUUUUGUAAAAGACAUUCACCAUAGAACUGAAAGAUUUUUUGUUUAAUUUAUCGACUCGGUGAAAAUAAAAAAAAAAUAAAAUCAUUUUAUAAUUGAGCUGCUCAUUCUAAACCAGGUUUUAUUUUAAUCACAAACACACAGAGGUCAUACUUGUGUGAGGUGCCUUGAAAAUUACAGUGGUGCUUGAAAGUUUGAAUUUUCUAUAUAUCUGCAUAAAUAUGACCUAAACAUAAUCAGAUUUUCACACAAGUUCUGAAACUAGAUAAAGAGAACCCAAUUACUAAAAAUUACAAUAAAUAAAUGACCAAGUAUAAUAUUUUGUGAGGAAAAUGAUCCAAUAUUACAUAUCUCUAACUGGUAAAAGAACAGUAAUGCUUGAAAGUUUGUGAACCCUUUAGAAUUUUAUAUCUGCAUACAUAUUACCUAAAACAUCAUCAAAUUACACACAAGUGCUAAAAGUAGAUAAAGAGAACCCAGUUAAACAAAUGAGAAAAAUUAUUAUACGUGGUC